UAGGCAACGGCGUAAGUGUCUCCCCUCCCUCCCGCCUCCUCCUCCUCCUCUCGCCCUGGGCGGUGCUGCUGCUGCUCGCUGAACUUCGCGGAGGCCGAGAUCGGGGUAGACAGCUCAUGAAAAAUGCACUGAAUGUAAUAUACUGUGGAAGGCCUCACUAUGGCGUGCAUCACCUCGAUGAUAUUAUCGAAGGCCUCGGCCUUUCGAGCUCUCUGGCCUCUUCGCCUGUCUUCUUCCCGAAGCUUCAGCAAAUGGCAGCUGGCCCUGGCUGCUCAGAACUUUUCAGGCUACGAAUCCAUACAAGCACAAUAUAAGCCAGAGGUGCCAGAAUACUUCAAUUUUGCAAAAGAUGUGGUGGAUAGCUGGGCUGAGGCGGAAAAGGAAGGAAAUCGACCGACAAGCCCAGCUCUCUGGUGGGUCAAUGACCAAGGAGACCAAGUGAAGUGGAGCUUUGUGGAGCUGUCCCACGUUUCCAAAAAAGCGGCUAGAGUGCUCUCUGAGCAGUGUGGCCUGCAGAGGGGAGACAGAGUCAUUGUGAUCCUGCCACGGAUUCCUGAAUGGUGGCUCUUGAAUGUGGCUUGCAUGCGAACAGGAACCGUUCUUAUUCCUGGGACAACACAGCUGACGGCGAAAGACAUUCUCCACCGAGUCCAGACUUCAAAGGCCAGAUGUAUCAUUACUGACCAGGUUCUGGCCCCAGCAGUAGAUACCAUAGCUUCCAAAUGCCCAUCUCUAGAAUUCAAGCUCAUUGUGUCAAGGAACCACAGGGAGGACUGGCUAAACUUCAGCGACUUGUUGAAACUUGCACCUGCCAAGCAUGACUGUGCAGUCACAAAGAGCUGUGACCCAAUGGCUAUCUAUUUCACCAGCGGGACAACGGGGACUCCCAAAAUGACUGAACAUUCUCACGCAAGUCAUGGCCUUGGCCUUGGUGUAAAUGGAAGGUAUUGGCUGGAUUUGACCCCCUCGGACAUCAUUUGGAAUACGUCUGACACAGGCUGGGCGAAAUCGGCUUGGAGCAGUGUUUUCGCACCCUGGAUCCAAGGGGCAUGUGUGUUUGUUCACAGCAUGCCACGCUUCGAGCCAACCCCUGUACUAGAAGCUUUGUCCAGGUUUCCCAUAACAACGUUCUGUUCUGCUCCAACUGCUUAUCGGAUGCUAAUCCAUCACAGUUUAAGCAGUUAUAAAUUCCACAGCCUGAAGCAUUGCGUGAGCGCAGGGGAGCCCAUGAACCCAGAAAUCAUGGAGCAAUGGAAAACAAAAACAGGACUGGAUAUCUACGAAGGCUACGGGCAGACAGAGACGGUGCUGGUUUGUGGAACUUUCAAGGGGAUGAAAAUUAAGCCGGGCUCUAUGGGGAAGCCUUCCCCAGCCUAUGACACUCAGAUAAUAGAUGAAAACUGCAAUAUGUUGCCUCCUGGGAAAGAAGGAGAUAUUGCUAUCCGAAUAAAACCGACACGGCCAUUUUGUCUUUUCACUCGAUACACGGAUGAUCCAGAAAGAACGAAUUCAACUGUACGCGGGGACUUCUACAUCACCGGGGACAGAGGAAUGCAAGAUGAAGAUGGCUACUUCUGGUUCGUAGGAAGAGCCGACGAUGUCAUCAAUUCUGCUGGAUACCGCAUUGGACCAUUUGAAGUGGAAAGUGCAUUGAUAGAACACCCGGCGGUCGUAGAAUCCGCUGUUGUUAGCAGUCCAGAUUCCAUCAGAGGGGAGGUUGUGAAAGCCUUUGUGGUUUUGGCACCCGACUACAUUUCCCGUGACCCAGAAGCACUGAUUAAGGAGCUACAGGAUCACGUCAAAAAAGUCACUGCCCCUUACAAGUAUCCUAGAAAGGUAAGCCAUGAUCUAGCUUCCUUUAGAUCCCUGCACUGGCUUCUGAACUCUGCCCAGUUCCUGCACAGGCUUCAUGUCCUUGCCUUCAAUACUCUCCAUGGCUAUGUCCCUGCACCUGCCAGCUUUUAUAUCCUUCCUUUGGGCUCAUUCAGCUCUACCACCCUGAGCUUCGUGGAUGUGUCCUUUUCUCUAACAUGACCCCACCCUUGGUUUCUCCUUAUGCCUGCAACUUCUACCCAGAAUGCUUCUGUAAGUCCACCUCCCCUUUCCUUCAAAUCAAUCCUCAAAACUCAUCUUGUCCACAGAAUGGAACAAACCCUUCAUCAAAUAUCUAUAUCUAAACUAAAGUGCCUGAAACUGAAAAACACAUCCGUCUCUUAUUUACUCCUGCCUUCAUUGCCCUCCCUCUCCUCUAGUAUUUCCCUUGUGCCUUAGCAGACUGUGAGUCCCUUGGGGCAAGGCUCUGUCAAACCUUUGGGAAAAUGCCAUAGUCAAUCUCUGAAGCUGUGUACACAGCAUACAUUUAAAGCCUGCAGCUUCCUUCAGUGAAUCCUAGGAACCACAGUUCACCCCUUGCAAAGCUACAGCACCCUUAACAAACUACAGAUCCCUGGACUCAGGGGCAGUGGUAGUUUGCUUUAAAUAUUUGGUGUGUGUGCAGCCGGAGAGAGGAAUGAGACGAUACCUUGCAGGGAGCUAUCCUGCACACCUGAACCCAACAGCAUUGGCCUCACAUCAGCUGGUGAACUGCUUUAAUGUUUGUGCGAUUUUUAAUUGUGUUAUAAUGUCCUGUUUUAAUUGUAUCAUAAUUGUUGUAAGACACUUUGGCAUUUUUCAAGGAAACUGUGGUAUACAAAUAUUUUUUUAUAAAUAAGCGUGAAGGAUGGUUGUUGGGUGCUUCAGAAACUCUUUGCAGCCACUGCCCAGCAGCUAAGCCCCUACCUUACCUGCCCCACAUCUGGCAUCAGGUGUAGGGCGGUGUCAAGGCAGGAGUUGGGGCAAGUCAGCAAUAACUCACAAAGUUAGCUCUUCAUUCAAAGAAGCAAACAGCACAGGCCUCGGGAUCAUGGCAACCCUUCCCAGCAGGUCUUGCCCCAAUGAAGCAGUUGCAAGAACUGAAGGUCUCCACCUUCCCACUGCUCUCUAAGACUCCUCCCCAGCAACCUGAGGCUGCUUCACCUUACCACCCUUUGCUGUGCCCACUUCAUGCCUCUUCGUGUUCUGGGAGACCAAGGGGAGGGGAGCUGGUCACAGCUGAAAGGGGAGACUCCCUGGCUUCUUCGGCGGCCUGCCUCAUUGCUGCCUCUUGGUCCCUCUCCUUUCCUGCCUCUGAGUCUGCACUGCUCUCUGCCACAGCCUCUUCCUUCUCACUAAACCCUGUUGCCUCUUCAGCUGCCGACGGUUCCUCCUCCCAGUCUGUUCCCUCUUCCCCUCAUCCUCGUCCUACCACCAAUCCCCUGGCUCUGAGCCGUCCUCUCUUGGGGGUUCCCCAGCUGGUGCCUCACACCAUUCCUCAGCAUCCAGCCAGUCCACAACAGGCAGUGAAGCUCACAGGCUGGAAGAUCCUCCAUCCCUGAAAUAGGGGUAAGUAGAGCCCUACUGUUUGCCUUCCACAAAUAGACUCCAUAUAAAAAAACGGCUUCGUAUGUUUUGCCCCCUCUUUGGCUCACUGUAAUUCCUUCUCUUGUCCAACAGGUGGAGUUUGUGCCACAUCUGCCAAAGACAAUCAGUGGGAAAAUCAGAAGAAACGAAUUGCGCAAGGCAGAGUGGGGGAAAGCUUAGAUUUAGCUGUUUACUUCCACAGUGCCUGUUUUGAGUUUUAUAUUGAUUCCUUAUGUUGAAAGAUCUUGCCAUGCCAGCCUCUGUAUUUAAAUCCCAAUGCUGCAGCUGUCACACACACACACUGCAAAAAUUCCCCAACCCUCACAUACUCACUCCCUUGGAGAGUAUAUAUUACAAGCAGUGCAGGAUCAGACAUUUGGGGAAUAUCAGUGGUUGAGCAUCUUCCUCCACCCAUUCAUAUAAAAUCCUAAAAGCAUCUUGCAAGGUUGAGCAAAGCAAAGCGUAACUCUCAUUCCAGAUGCUGAGUCACAUGCAGAAAAGAACACAGUGUACUCUGGAGAAAAUGCCAACACAAAGUUGAUUCCAAAGCUCAGAAGCUUAAAAAAUCACCACGAAUCUGCAGGGAGCUACAAGAGUAAGCUAGACAUGUAAUCAAGCACGUUAGCCAGCUCCUUUCCCUGCUCCCCUAUAGAGGCAGAAUGGAAGGGUCUCGAUCUGUUCAGAUCUCCUGUUGGCCCAACAGCUUCCAACACACAGGAUGAUGGAAGUAUCCACACCCAGGCCACCGAAAAAACCAGGGGAGUACAAGUUGUUGCAAUGGGGACAUAGUUGUCCCAAAGCAAGUGAACUAUCUGGGUUUAUAAAUAAGGACCUUCACAGCACUGUUGGGACAUGUGCUCAUUUCAACAUUCCACCUAGUUACUGGCAGCAAGCUUCUUUGGGCACCCCUGCUAGAAAGCCCUUCUAGAGACACAACCUGGCCACAACCUAAAUAAGUCCAGUCUCUAUUGUGCAUCAGGUUGAUAUAAACUACAAGGGAUCCGGUGGUCACCAUGCAAGAGUAGUAUCCCCACCAAAGCUCCCACCAACGAUGUACUAUGCUGAAUGAUGCCGGCAUCAUUGAAGCAGGAGAAAAGGCUUUUAAUUCAGCUGGACACAAUCCAGCCAAUAUUAAAUUCUUUUAAAUCCCAUUUAGUUCAGUGGGAGAAUUCAAUACACACUGAACGUCAGUGGGGCCUGAAGCGUGUGAUAGUGACUGAUCAUACCAGGAAUAUUUUUUUGUUUCUGCAACAACUGGAGGCCCACAUCUGCGCUUAAAUAUUCUCUCCCCCAUCCAUGUGUAAGCAAGCUCCUAGGAUUAUAGUUAAGAACAACAGAGCAGACUUUUAAGUAUUAAUAUUUCUGCAUAUGUAACUUCCCUACAGUGCUUAAAGAGCUAUCAAAAUCAAAAAGCUAUCAACAGGCAAAAUCCAAACUGUUAAAACAGAAAAUUGUUUUUAUUUCAUAUUUUAUUUCACUUAAUUCAGAUCAUAAAAAAUGGUUAGCUAAAAAAUUCCAGUCCGGACCAAUAUGGGUUAUCUCCUGGGACACUGAAAGCACUAUAGGCACAGUAUUUCACAAUAUUGGCAACCAUUUUCAAGUCAAUGCCAGGUUUCUCAUGCAUUCAAGAAGUAAGUCACAGAACUCUCCUGCCAUGCUAUGCAACAACCUCAUUCCAUUUAAUGUGCUGAGUUUGUUUAAUUUGUUAUAGAACUUCUACCUCUUUACUUUCUGAUUGAUGUGGGUUUAUGUUAGCUCCUGUCUUUGAUUUAAACUUCUGACUUUUCCCACAGGCUGUGUACCAGCCUCAAGUAUGGUGGUAAUGCCCCAAAGUAAACAAAACAUGUUUUGGCAGAAAUAGAGCAUUAAGAUAAGAAAAGUGCUUCACUUUUACUGUGGAAUUUAAGCUGCUAUACCGGAAGGAAGUCAACCUCCAGAAUUCCAGGCCACACUUCUAUUGUACUUCACUAAUAAAAAAUCAAUAUGGAUAUAAAA